AUGGACACCCUUCAGAAGACCGUGCUGGAUCCUCUCCAGCCUUACCUCCGCCCCGUCGUCGAUGCGAUCCCGGAACCUGUGCACGAUGCUGUCAUCUCGCUGAUCGGCUCGCCCUGCCAUAACGCGCUGCUCCUCGAUCUCGAUGUCACCAAGGACCCGGCUUGCACCUCUCUCGCGAUCUCCAAGGCGCUGGGUAUUGCCAUCGUUGGCGCCAGCGCCGUGGUCAAGGUCCCUCAGAUUUUGAAGCUCAUCAGCUCUCGCUCCUCUGCCGGUGUUUCCUUCGUCUCGUACGCCCUUGAGACUGCCAGUCUGCUCAUCACCUUGUCUUACGGCGUGCGAAACCAGUUCCCCUUCAGCACCUACGGCGAAUCGGCUCUUAUUGCCGUUCAGGAUGUUGCUGUCGGUGUUUUGGUCCUGACCUUUGCUGGCCGAUCCGCCGCGGCUGCGACCUUUGUCGCUGUUGUCGCCGCAGCUGUGUAUGCGUUGCUGUUCGAUCAGACUCUUGUGGAUGCGCAGACUAUGGCCUACCUGCAGGCCGGUGCUGGUGCUCUGGGUAUUAUGAGCAAGGCUCCUCAAAUUUACACCAUCUGGAGUGAGGGUGGAACCGGACAGCUGAGCGCCUUUGCGGUCUUCAACUACCUCGCCGGCUCUCUCUCUCGCAUCUUCACUACCCUCCAGGAGGUCGACGACAAGCUCAUCCUCUAUGGUUUCAUUGCCGGCUUCUCGCUGAACGUGAUUCUUGCGACUCAAAUGAUCUACUACUGGAACAGCCCUGCGCCCAAGAAAAAGGCCUCCCGCGGCAAGGCUGCCGAGCCUCGUUCUCCUAUUGCUCAGAGCUCCGGCGUUUCCCCCAAGCCGGGUUCGAAGACGCCCACUACGCGCCGUCGCGGUUAA